AUGCCAGGAGGGUUACCAUGGAGACGCUGCCAGAAAGACCUGCCGUGCUUGCCCGUGUCCCUUUACCUGGAACAAGUUAGUCCCCCGUCCAAUGCACGUUCAAGUAUGGCGUGGGCCUGCCUGGACGUUGGCUCUGGAGUGGUUGAAUGCUUGUGUAAGCCCGGCUACGAGGGAUCCACAUGUGAGAGAUGUGCACCUGGUUACUAUGGCAACCCCCUGGCACGCGGAGGCAGCUGCAAGCCGUGCGAGUGCGACCUCAACAGCAGGCUGGACCUUUGUCACACCCUGACUGGAGAGUGCAUCUCAUCUGGCGACAGCAGCUCUGAGGAACACUGCCAGGGUUUGGAGUGCUGCAGCGACACUUUGCUGCUCUCCGUGAGGGGUGAGGGCGGCCUGCGUGGGCUGAUGCUGCAGCUUCAGACCACCAGUGACGUCUCUGGUUCCGUGUCUAAGCUGAGCACCCUUCAGGGGAACGUCUCUGUCACCAAGAGCCUGGUGAGGAGGCUUGUCACUGAUAAGAGACACCUAAAAACGGGUCAACAGGAAGAAGACGUCAAAAUGGUCCGAGAAGACUUGGACCAGAUCGUGGAUAUGACACUUCAAGUCUCCUUGCAAAAGGAGGAAGUCCUAAAGGGUGGGAAUGAGGCAAAAAACGAGGCAGAUAAUCUAAUCAGUGAUGCCGAAGCUCUCCUGGCGCUGAUAGACGAUUUAAUAAAGUGGCCAAGUCGGGCUGCAGAUGUCAUCGCGCCAUACCGAAAUGACUCGGAAAAGAAAAGAAUCAUCAAGAUGACGGAGGAGGAGGAGGCUCGGCGGCUCGUCGCGGAGGAAAUGAACGAGGCAGGAUGCGCUGCCUGGAGAGGCCGAGUCCGUCACGAGAGGAAGAAGGCGCAGAAAUUAAUGGAACAAAUCAACGAGAUGGCCGCCACAGGAACCGGCCGUUUGCCACUGACUACAACCCACACCCUGAUAACCUCAGAGGCUCUUCUCCAGGAGCUGACGUAUCUUCUGUCAGGUGCACAGGACGCGGUACCCCUGAACACACCUGUAGCUCGUAAUACCGCACCGUGUACUUACACCGUGGUAGUAACUUGCAACGACGACAGCACGGCCAUCAUCAAGCCGCUCUGGAGAGACGCUCGCUCCUUCCUGUCGCGGAGAGGACAACACUUCAUUUCGGACGAGUUGACUGUGAUUGCUUUGCAGGCGUUGGAGGAGGACUCGGCUCGGUUGGACGGCGCCAAGCGACGGCUCUUGACGAGGAUCGCCAACAUCUUUCACGUCGUGGCCAAAGUGGAGAUGAUAAGCGAGGCUGAGGAGCACGCGGAGGAGCUCAGCAGACUGGACGCUGUCAUGCAACAGGUUCUCCGAGAAGUCAACACCACCAAGCCGCUCAGCGAGGCCAACACCUUUGAUAACAUCUCGACCAACGUGGAAGACGCAGCGAUAGCCGCCGAUGAAGCCUUAAAGGGCGCCAUGUGGGGAGGUUUGCUGGUGACAACGGAAUUUAGCGACAAGGCAGCGCUCUUACGGGAGGGAGCCCAGAACACCCGGAAUGACCUCAGAGUGCUCGAACAGUCAGUCAACAGCCACAAAGAAGGCGUGCAAAGGCAGAAAGAGAAAGCACAAUCCUUGAGAUUUGACCUCUCCAGAACCAGGCGUGAACUCCAAAGGCUCCAAAGAGACGACACGGACGCCCUGCUGGAGUCUGCUAAGAGAGCGGCCUGGACGACAAACAACACUGUUGGUCACGUGACGCACAGGCUGAGAAAUAUAAACAACUUCACUGUGGUUUUGAAUGACAACUUCAACGACGUGCAUCAGGCUGUGAGGAGCUUGGACACAGCGCUCCCGCUGGUGGGAGCCAAGCUAGCCCAGGUGGAGGCCCUCAGAGAUAAGUGGCCUCCUGGUGGCAACAUGACAGAAAACAUCAACAGAAUCAAGGAACUGGUCCAGGAGACGAGGAGCUAUCUUAACAGGAUCUCACUCGCAACCCCGUUCAGCGGAAGGGGUCACAUUGAGCUCCGCCCGCCCAGGAACGCCGAAGACAUGAAAGCACUGACAGCCAUUGAUCUUCUCCUCAGUGUGGAAGAAAGACCCCCAAAGGUUGACCAGGGCGGGGGGGACGACAUGUUUGUUCUCUACCUGGGCAGCAAAGACUCUUCCGGGGACUACGUUGGCAUGGCCAUCAGGCGGAACGUCUUGCUCUGCGUCUACAAGUUAGGCGGUGUCGUCCACCAGGUGGAGACCAGCCAGAUUAAGACCUCCAACUUUCACCAUGUUGUUUUCCAAAGAGUUUACCAGGAUGGUGAAGUCAACAUCACGGCAAAUUUCUUGUCGCCGUGGCCUCUCCGUUACGCCCCCGAACGUUACCACUCAACCACGAUGAGCGGCAUCCUUCACCUGGAUCCACAACACACUGUGUUCUACGUGGGCGGCUACCCUGAUGAUUUCAAUCCUCCCCUGGAGGUGCGUCACCCCAAGUACCGAGGCUACAUGAAACUGUCCUACAUCAACGACCAGCCACUGAGCCUUUAUAACUACAAGCACGCCGUCAACAUGGAGGCCGACCUGCACGCUCUAACGUUGCCCCGCUCUGAGGUGUCUGAUUACUACCAGGGAAGCGGCUACCGCAUGGCCUUGGUGAAGGAACCUCACAAGAGGAGGAGGCGACUGUUCAAAUUCCGCACAAACAGCCGGGAGACCGACGCCUUGUUGUUCUACAUGGGCGGCGACGAGUCGUUUUGGUGCUUAAUUGUGGAGCGAGGCUAUCUGGUGCUCCAAGGUCGACGAGCUGGUCGACUGCGCCGGGUUCAGAGUGACCGGCGAGUGUCGCUGUUUGGCAAAGACUUUGCUAUCAGCGCAGAGGACAAGCUGACAGUCCGCUAUGAAGACAAGCACAUCUCAAUAGAUCACGUUCACGCUCCUUAUGGGAGUUUUUAUAUCGGAGGUGUGCCCGAACACAUCAGAAAGAGACAUGACAUCACAGCUCCGCCGCUGCGAGGAUGUGUGGACCAUGUGACCGCCGACGGCCAGACUGUUGAAUACGCCACAACAAUGGGCGUGAGUGACGGCUGUCCCUUCACACUGCUGGGUGUCCGCACAGCCACGCUGCAUUCCUCUCUAUCUGCCGACUGGCUGUUUGUGCGGGACCACCAGCGAGUGUCUCUGGGCUUCAGGAGCAAACACAAACACGGCGUCAUUCUCAGGAGUCCCUCUCAGAGCCCUGCCUCGGGGCACCUUUCCCUGUCUGACGGCUACCUGGUAUUUAAAAGUGCUAAUUAUAGCCUGGUGUCGUCUGAGAGGUACAACGAUGGAAGGUGGCACUACCUGACUGCUGCCAGGUCGCCAACAAGGCUGGAGCUGAGCGUAGACAACAUCAUGCAGGGACAAGCAGCUUAUGGACGACCAGAGGGCGACAUGGCGAGCGAAAGAGAAGAUUUUAAAGGCUGCAUCGCUAACAUCUAUUUCAGGUGGGCUCACAGCGUCACGCCUGUGGAUCUCAGCUUUCUGUCGCCAGAGGGAGGCGUCGCCCUCGGUCAAUGCAGCCUCAGCUCGCCCCCGCACGUUGGACGCUUACACCCGGUUGUAGACACACGGCUCCAGUCGCUCAAUAAUGUGCUCACGAGUCGCGACCCAACAGACGGUCAAUGCGGGCGCCAGCAGCCACUUCACCACCGUGGCUACGAGCUCUCGCAGGAAGACAGCUGGCUCGGUUACCGGCUGCCGGAGCGGGACCUUAAUUACAGGCCUCACUUCUCCCUGGAUGUCAGGACACGGUCCCCCGGGGGGCUUCUGCUCUUCGUACAAGGGACAGGGUCUGUUCCCCUGCUGGCCCUGUACAUGGAAAAGGGCCAAAUCAGAAUGACACUUGGGCAGAGCAGAGUCAUCGGCCACAGGAAGGCGACCAACGAUGGACACUGGCACAGAGUGGAGUGCAGCGUGGAGAGAAGCACCUUCCAUCUGCUGGUGGAUGGAUUCCGUGUGACCGACGGCCUUUUGCCCAAAGACGAGGGCUCGUCUCUGGAUUUUCAGGGCCUCGUGUACCUGGGGGGUCACCCUGGGAACACCGACACCGCUAAAGCUUCUAAUAUCCCCACCACGAGCAUUAUGGGUUGCAUACGUAACCUUCAAAUGAACGCUCAACCAGUGGGGGAACCUGCGGCGGGCAACAUGGUGUCGCACUGCUUGGAGGGGCUCACCGAGAAGGGGGCCUACUUUGGUGGAGGUCACCUAGUUUUAGAUGAUUACUUCACUGUGGGCUCUCACUUUGUGCUGACGUUCGAGCUCCGCCCUCAACGCCCCACGGGCCUUGUCUUUUAUUUUGAAGGCUACGGGAGUAGCUUUCGUGUUUUUUUCAUUAAAAACAUGGUGGGCGUCACCGUCAAUGAUGGAAGCGGCGAUGUCAGCGUCUCCGUGACUCCCCCCAACCUCUGUGACGGGGAGUUCCACGCCGUUAAAGUUUCCAAACAUCGGCGAGUUAUCAGGCUGAAGGUGGACUCCGUGUCGAAAAAGAAGGCGGGAGCUGAAGUGCCCGCCACCCACUCAUCAAUACUGCGAGCCCUUUACGUCGGAGGUGCCGAACAGGUCAAUGGCGCCGCCGUGACGUCGCCGUUUGUGGGCUGCUUGCGAAACGUGUCGCUCAACAACAAACGUGUUGCGUUUGAGACCAGGGCGAGGGUGGUCGGCCAUGUUGCCGUCAACAGAUGCCCGGCGUCCUGAGGAUGACGCGUCGUCAGCGUGCAGGAUUACAACAGGCAGAUACAAGUAUUCACGUUUUCCAAAUUUUUUUUUAUGUCACAGCCUUAUUCCAAAAUGGAAAAACUCAAUUUUUAUCCUCAAAAUUAUACAGACAAUUCCCUAUAAUGACAAUUUUAAAUGCUUUUUUUUUUUAAUUUCGCCAGUGUAUUCAAAAUACAAACACCAAAAAAAAAAUCACAAAUCACACUUAGUCACUCUGUCAGAGCUACAGCAUUCCUCUGUGGAGAGAGGAGAAUCUUCUAAAAGGACAACCAUCUCUGGCCUGUAUGGUAGAGUGGUCAGAUGGAAGCCAUUUCUUAGUAAAAAGUUAGCAAAAAUGCACCUGAAAGACUGUGACCAUCAUCACCAGGCCAAUACCAUCCUUACAGUGAAGCAUGGUGGUGGCAGCAUCAUGCUGUGGGGGUGCUCGUCAGGAUCAGUUCAGUUCAGUUUAUAAUCGAACAUGCAUACGAUACAAUGUAACGCAUCACAUAUUUCCAGUUGUUUCAUUACAGCGCGUCCGAAAAGGAGUUGGAAGAAGCUGAGCUUAUUUAAUCCUACCCCUUUUCAUACCAUAGCAACCUUAUCCCAUUUCCUUGUUCUCUGUAACAGAACGGUGAAUAAAUUACUAAUAAAUAAUAUACCAAAGUAAGUAAACAAAUA